AUGCAGGAACUCUGCCGUCACCUUGAGGGACUAACCCAGGCGGUCCGAACCCUGCAAGAGGGUUAUACAAGAUUGGAGAACCGCGUCCAGGCCUUAUCAGUUCCAGCUCCCACUGCUGCAGCCGCGGGUAAUGCCACCUCACCUUCUGUGAUCAUGUUGCCACCAGAGCCCAAGGUCCCUACACCGGAGAGGUUUUCAGGGGAUCGGAGCAAAUAUCGUGCCUUCCGGAACGCCUGUGAACUAUUCUUUGCCCUGCAGCCGAGGACCUUUUCCUUGGAGGCCACCAAGGUGGGGUUCGUGAUCUCACUUCUAUCCGGAGAACCACAGGCUUGGGCCCAUCGCCUUCUGGAACAAAAGAGCACUUCCCUGGACACCCUAACCACCUUCUUUCAAGCUAUGUCCUUGCUUUACGAGGAUCCACAUCAAGCUGCCACCGCUGAGGCCGCCCUACAUGCCCUCCAACAGGGUCGCAGACCAGCAGAGGACUAUGUGUCUGAGUUUCGAAGAUGGAGCUCAGACACCAGCUGGAAUGAUUCGGCCCUUUGCUACCAGUUCCGCCUUGGCCUCUCGGAUUCACUUAAGGACGAGUUGGCUCGGGUAGGUGUCCCUGAGACUUUAGACGCCUUAAUUAAUUUGGCAGUCCAGAUUGACAGACGCCUGAGAGAACGCCGGUCUGAACGAACCACCGGUCCGUCACGUCCAGUCUGGAUGUUGCCGCGGGUACCCUCCUUCGCUAACUCAGCUCCACCGGUCCCAAUGACCUCUUCACCACCCGACACUUCGGAACCCAUGCAGCUGGGGCUCCUUCGUCCAUCUCUUACCCCAGAAGAGCGCCAACGUCAAAGAAGCAAUAAUCUGUGCCUAUACUGCGGGGAAUCCGGACAUUUCGUGAGAUCCUGCCCGGCGAAGCUUCGUAAGUCCCUCUUUUUGUCGUCUGUCCAUUUACCCGCUUUCCCCAAGAAUUGCUCAACUCAUCUGGCUGUCUCCGUUGUCUUUCAGCUCCCCGGAAGGAAUAUUCCGGUCCACGCCAUAAUUGAUUCCGGAGCGUGCAGUGGUUUCUUGGACCAGUCCUUCGCCACCAGACACCGUAUUCCUCUGCGUUAUAAGACUAUUGGACUUUCUCUACAUCUUGCAGACGGAUCUGCCUUAAAAUCCGGGCCGGUUGUCCAAGAGACUUUGCCUCUGGCUACAACAAUUGCCGACAUCCACCACGAACUUCUGUGCCUAGAUAUUAUCGAGUCACCCAUAUUUCCUGUUAUCUUAGGUAUGCCGUGGCUACAAGCCCACAACCCACAGAUCAACUGGCUCUCUGGGGAAAUUACCCUCAACUCUCCUUACUGUCGUCAACAUUGCCUGCAAGUAUCACCCUCCUCGUCUCCCCUGCUCUGCAUGGACUCUGACCCUGAAAGUCGUCAAGUUCUUCCUAGUGCAUACCACGACUUCCUGGACGUGUUCAGUAAGAAGGGAGCUGAGACCCUUCCUCCGCAUAGGGCCUACGACUGCCCGAUAGAGCUCCUCCCAGGAGCUGAAAUUCCCUUUGGGAGAAUCUUCCCCUUGACAGGACUUGAGCUUGAGAACCUAAAAACUUACAUUGAUGAAAAUCUCAGGAAGGGGUUCAUUCGCCCAUCCACCUCUCCGGCAGGGGCUGGGAUUUUUUUUGUAGAGAAGAAAGACCACUCCCUCCGCCCCUGUGUGGAUUACAGGGAAUUGAACAAAGUGACUAUUAAAAAUCGGUACCCGCUACCCUUGGUACCUGAGUUAUUCCAACGCUUGGGCGCGGCAGUCAUCUUCACAAAAUUGGAUCUCCGCGGGGCAUACAACCUGGUACGGAUUCGUGACGGGGACGAGUGGAAGACGGCCUUCCGAACCCGCUUCGGACAUUUUGAAUAUCUGGUCAUGCCCUUCGGGCUUUGUAACGCCCCUGCCACAUUUCAACAUUUUGUGAACGACAUCUUCAGAGACUACCUCGACCUUUUUGUUAUUGUGUACCUGGACGACAUCCUCAUCUUCUCCCCUUCCCUAAGCAAACAUCGGGAACAUGUGAGGUGUGUACUCGGCCGCCUACGAUUGCAUGGACUUUAUGCAAAACCCGAGAAGUGUGAGUUCGAGCGCCAGGACAUACAGUUCCUGGGUCUCAUAAUUUCAGUGGAAGGUAUCAAAAUGGAUCCUCAAAAGGUCUCUGCAAUCCUUGAUUGGCCGGCACCCAAGGACAAAAAGGGUGUCCAGCGUUUUGUCGGCUUCGCAAAUUUUUAUAGAAAGUUUAUCCGAGGGUUCUCCAGUAUCAUUGCCCCGAUAACCAGCCUAACCAAACAAGCCAGUCGAUUUCAAUGGUCCCCAGAGGCCCAGUCGGCUUUUGAGAAGCUCAAGGACUUGUUCGUAUCAGCAUCCAUCCUCAGACAUCCUGACGCUAGCCUGCCCUACAUCCUAGAGGUAGACGCUUCAGAAACCGCUGUUGGGGCGAUCCUCUCCCAAAGACAGGGCCCCAAGGCUCUCUUACACCCUGUUGCGUUUUUUUCCCGCAAAUUGUCUGAACCUGAAAGGAACUAUGGUGUGGGGGACCGGGAACUGCUGGCAAUCAAGGCCGCCCUGGAAGAGUGGCGAUACCUUCUGGAAGGCGCAGCCCAUCCGAUCCUGAUAUAUACUGACCACAAGAAUCUUGAGUACCUCAAAUCUGCUAAAAGACUAAAACCACGUCAGGCCAGGUGGGCAUUAUUCUUCACAAGAUUUGUGUUCCACAUAACGUACAGACCUGGGUCAAAGAAUUCCAAGCCCGAUGCCCUUUCCCGUAUGUAUGGUGACUCAGAAAUCUCUACUCCUCCGGACACCAUCUUGUCCUUCAAAAACUUCUUGCUUCUUCAAGAAGACCUGCUAUCGCAAAUCAAGCAAGCCUCUUCCAGCCUUCCUCCCCUACCGAGUUUGGAUCUUCAGCUGAAGGAUGGGUUGUUGUGGCAUCAAGACAGAAUUUUUGUACCUGAAGGUGUACGGGUCACCGUCCUAAGGUUUUGUCAUGAUCACAAGCUGGCCGGUCAUUUUGGGGUGCACAAAACAUCAGAGUUGUUACAGCGUACGUUCUGGUGGCCCCAACUUUUAACAGAUUGCAGGAAAUACGUGGAGUCUUGUGCCACUUGUAUACGGAACAAGGGAAGUAAGUCUAGAGCCUGGGGAUUACUGAAGCCACUGUCGGUACCAGAAAGACCCUGGAAGAUGAUCUCCAUGGAUUUCAUCGUUGAACUUCCCCGGUCGGAGGGCUUUACCACCAUCUUUGUGGUGGUGGAUAGACUCUCCAAAAUGGCUCACUUUUUGCCCAUGAGGGGCACACCCUCUGCUUCCGAAACAGCAAGGAUGUUCAUCAAAGAAAUUGUGAGACUCCACGGGGUCCCUGCAAAUAUUGUAUCCGACCGGGGGGUACAAUUUACGUCCAGGUUUUGGAGAGCACUCUGCGAAGCCCUUAAUAUCGGCCUGUCGUUCUCCUCAGCGUACCACCCGCAGUCGAACGGUCAGACGGAGAGAACUAAUCAGACUGUUGAACAAUACCUACGCUGUUUCUCUUCCUUUUCCCAAGAAGAUUGGGCUUCCUUGCUGCCCCUAGCCGAGUUUGCGUAUAAUAACUCUAUUCACUCCGCCACAAGACAAUCUCCGUUUUAUGCAAACUACGGCUUCCACCCCUUGUUCAUGUCUAACUCCGUCCCUGAAAGUACGGUACCCGCGGUCCAGGAGACUUUGAACUUUUUCAGCACCAACAAUAAGAUUCUGCAGGAGACCAUGACCAAGACGCAGGAGUAUAACAAAGAGGUGUUUGACAGGAAAAGGAGGGGGGAGCUUAACCUAGAACCAGGAGACCAAGUGUGGCUAUCCACUCAAAACCUGAAACUGGCAUGUCCAUCAAAGAAAUUGGGUCCAAAAUUUUUGGGUCCCUUUCCCGUCAAGAGGAAAAUCAAUAACGUGGCGUAUGAAUUGGAACUGCCUGAAUCCUUCCGCAUCCAUCCAGUGUUCCACGUCACUCUUCUCAAACCUGACGUCCCUGAUCCUUUCCCUCAGAGGGACACCGGGCCUCCUGAACCAGUUCUAGUCGACGGUGAGGAAGAGUUUGAGGUGGAAGCUAUCCUGGACUGUAGGAAGAGAGGCGGCCAGAUCCAGUUCUUAGUGAAAUGGAAGGGCUAUGGACCCGAAGAUAAUUCAUGGGAACCAGAAUGUAACAUCCAUGCGGAGAGAUUGGUCCAGUCCUUUAAAGAUGCUCAUCCUCUUAAGUUGUCUCAGUUGGGCAUCCGGAGGCUGCCCAUUGGAGGGGGGCAAUGUCAUGAACAAUCUCGGCCACUAGAUGGCAGCAGCGGCACUUUGGCGCGCGCGGGCGCGCGCACUCGCAAUCGCGGCGCAAUCGCGGCACACUCGCGCACCCCAGUACCGAAAGUAAAUUUUUCCUGUUUUGGGCGACCAGUUGGGAACUAA